AUGAUGCUCAACGCAACUUCUUCCAAGACCACUGAGGUCCCGGUCUCUGAGGUCCCGAAGUUAUCAGAUCCUGUAUCCGAGGACAAUUCAGACAAACAGGACGGUGUUCGAGUUGCAGAAGCAAUUACCGCCUCAUGGUCGAGAAGCUCCCUCAUCACUGUCUAUGCUUGUAUGUGGCUUCUUUACUUUGUCAAUGCCCUCCAAUCGAGCUUGACAUCCAAUCUUUCGGCGUACAUCACAAGUGAAUUUUCAGAACAUUCGCUUAUUACGGUAAUCAGUGUUGUUACCAGUGUGAUGGGCGCGGCAUGCGUGAUGCCCAUUGCCAAAGUAUUGAAUAUCUGGGAUCGCAGCGUUGGCAUAGGUAUCAUGGUGUUGAUAGCCAUUGCGGGCUUGAUCAUGAUGGCUAGUUGCAAAAACAUUGCAACUUACUGUGCUGCGCAGGCAUUCUACACAGUCGGUCUCACUGGUGUUAUUUUCUGCGUCGACGUGCUCACCUCCGAUACCUCCUCGUUACGCAACCGUGGCAUUGCCUUUGCAUUCACAUCCUCGCCGUCUAUGAUUACAGCAUUCGCUGGAUCCCCGUUGUCCAAUCAGUUCCACGAGACGAACUGGCGAUGGGCUUAUGGAACAAUCUGCAUCAUUCUCCCGAUCAUCGCUCUUCCUUUGAUCAUCACCUGGGAGUUGGCGAAGAGGAAAGCGGACAAGGAGGGUCGUCUGCAUUACAAGCCAAAGAUUGCUCGUACAUUCUGGGAGAGUUUCACCUUCUAUUUCAUUGAGUUUGAUGUUAUUGGGAUCUUUCUCAUGAUCGGCGGUUUGAUCCUCUUUCUCAUCUCCUUCAACAUCGCCGGAAAUACGGAAAAUCAAUGGAAAUCAGCAAAGAUCAUAACUAUGAUGGUUGUCGGCUUUGUCGUCAUUCUUGCCUUCGUAGCCUACGAGCGCUGGUUUGCGAAAAAGCCUUUCAUUCCUUCCCACCUUCUCAUCAACCGCACUGUCAUUGGCGCCUGCCUUCUUGAUAUCACAUACCAGGUCUCUUAUUACUGUUGGGCAACCUACUUCACCUCGUUUCUGCAAGUCGUGUAUGGUACCAGUCUCACUCAAGCCGGCUACAUCAGCGCAAUCUUCGACUUCAUGGACCCGGUUUGGCUCAUUGGGUGUGGCUUCCUGAUUCGCGUGACCGGUCGCUUCAAGUGGUUAUUGAUGUGUGCGGUUCCGUUGUAUAUCUUGGCGUCUGGACUCAUGAUAUACUUCCGCUCACCAGGGCAUAGCGUCGGAUACAUGUGCAUGUGUCAGAUCUUCCUGGCUGUCGGUGGAGGUACACUGAUUCUCAUCGAGCAAGUUUCCGUUCUUGCCGCUUCAACACAUGAGGAAUAUGCAGCUAUGCUUGCUUUGCUGAGCACAUUCGGUAAUCUGGGUGGUGCUGUGGGGAACAGUGUCUCGGGUGCUAUCUGGACCAAUAUACUCCCUCACAAACUCCAAGAGUAUUUGCCGUCAGAAACCAAGGAGAUCUGGUCUGAGAUCUACGAGUCACUGGAUACUCAAUUGAGUUAUCCCUUGGGAUCGCCCACCCGGAUUGCCAUUCAAAACGCAUACGCGUACACCCAGCGUAUCAUGCUGAUUGCUGCCACAGGGAUCAUGUGCCUAUCCAUUGUGUGGGUACUCAUGAUGCGAAAUAUCAAAGUUCCCAAACAGGAGACUGGCUCGCAAGUCUUUUUUUGA